AUGGCGUACCAAGACAAUAUCCCCCAGCGCUUCUACAGUCAGAGCAGCAGCUCUGGCUCUCAAUCUCAGGUGCCAUCGAGGUCGCAGUCGCACGCGCAGUAUUCGUCUGUUUCUCAGCUCGGUCCCCAGCAGCACCAGGUGCCUUUGCGACGCACCCCGAGUUAUCAGUCCGGUGACGACGCAGGUUAUUUUCACGAUCACCAGCCAGCCGUCGGCGGGAACGGCACGCACCAGGACCAGUCCGGCCGCACGGGGGAAUAUCCUGCCGUUGGUGGAACUGGCUCACAAAGAACACACAGCUCUAGACAUUCUCAGUUCUCUGUUGGCAGUUCUCAGCACUCUGUGAUGAGCCACGCGUCGUCGCACGGUUCGGCCAUGUCGGGAUAUCAGCACCAAUAUCAACCGCCAUCGUCAGCGUCUCCCAGCCAGCCUGCCUAUAACCCGCAGCAAUUCGCGCAGCCAUCUCCUCCCACGUCGUCGCAGUCGAGCUAUAACCCCCAAGCGUUUUCCGCGACUAGCAUUCCACAGUACGCAAGCCAGGCCUAUCAGCAGUAUAAUCCUGCCGUCUACCAAUCGCCAACGGGUUCAUACCAGUCGUCGCAGUCAUCUCCAAAUCCUCAAUGGCAGACUCCCCAGACACCGCAUCCCUACGCCCCUGCCUCACAAUAUCAGCCUCAGUUUCCUCAGCCGCAAUCUACUGGCCAACCUCCGCCUCCUCCUCCUCGACCCCAUGAGCCGUUAUAUAAUACCUAUCCACCUCUACAGAUGCCCAGCUCUUCUGCAAAUCCACCCCUAGGCUAUUCAUCGAGCAUCUCCCAACAUUUGGUAACGUCCCCUAUUGCUACUCCCGCACCAGGAUACUCUACGUUAGCCCCACCGCCUCCUCCCUCUGCGAUUACUCCAUCAUAUACACCGAACGAUGCUUUCCAACACUCCCAGACUCAUACUUCUUACUCGGUCGCCUCUCCAUCUCAACAUACCUCGCCGAAUCCUCCUCCCCAUGCCCCGAGCCCACAAGACACUAUGCCAGGACUACCUCCCUAUCGUCCCCUGAACGAGGAGCCCGCAUUUAAUAAUCGACCGACAUCACUUUCUAUUUCAUCUAGAAUUUCCAUGACGGACUCUGCCCCUAUACCUCCAGUGCAUCAAAGUCAGCCUUCAUCGCCGCGACGUACAGACACGCUUACCCGUCACCCACAAGCACGUCCGUUACCAGGCCCGCCCAGUGAACAAAGGAUCGGCCACGAGAAUGUCAAUGUGGCCUUCAACGGUGGAGUGGAAAAUGAAAUGAGCUACGAGGAUAUUAUGAAAGAGGUGGAAGCGGCUGUCAUGGAAGGAAGACCAGCAAGUACCAGGCGUCGCAGUUCACGUGCCAAUCAUUCCAUCCAGCAGCAACCACCCAUCCAGGAAGCCGAUGAGGGUUUUGGCAGUCCGCGAAAUUCGCAGCGAGUAUCUCCGGAUUUUACGCAAGGCCAAACUAACGGUCAUGAAAAUAUCAGUUCGACUGGCACUGGACAAUACGUCAAUUACACAGCCUACAGCGAUGAUAGUGAAGCUGAAGCGGCUGCUGGCUUGGCAGCAUUACAGAUGGCCGAAGCGGAGGAAGCGGCUAUACGCGCGAGGAGGAGUACGCAAACAUCGAUGACUGCUCCAUAUUCAUCGCACAAUGAUCCUCCACUCUCUACUGCCGGAAAUGCUGAAUCGAGCAGCGAUAGCGAUUUUCAUCGUCACGACAUGGGGCUCUACGGCGGAGGCUAUGAUGCCCAGUUGCAAUACGGAUAUUCUGGUAAUGAACAUCUUGCACCGACGUCUGAAUCCCGCCACGAUUCAAACGAGUUGUUGGAGGAGGAAGCAAACGGUUCGGAUUAUGAGUAUCCGAAUAUUAAUGACGAGUCUAUUCACCCAUUUCCCACAUUGAACCCUAUUGCGCGAGUGGAUACCUUUGGUACUGGCGGCUUAUCGGACCCGUCUCUUAAUUCCAGGAGACUUAGUUUUGAUGACGGUGAUGAGACGCUUCUCUCGGCUAGGGUAGCCCAACAAAAUUCCUUCAGUGCUACGCCAGAAGAAGGUGAACCUCAAGACCUCUUCUUUCACCCUGGAAUGAGCUCACGCCCCUUGCCACCACCGCCCGUGAACACUCGAUUAGCGUCACAUCUCAUACCUGCUGGGACUUAUCGAAAUCACGAACAAGCAUAUCAGGAGACGUAUGAUCAAUAUUCCCAGCCUCAGUAUCCAGUUACACCGGAAGCGUUCGCCCAAGCCCACGCGGGAUCUUCAACCGUUCCACGAUCGACAUCUUUUACUGGGCACACCACAACACCCCGUACUGACCCGAUCAUUCGGUCGAAAACUGAUGCGGACAAGGUCAAAAUCAAACAAGGUUAUGACUCUUCCUCAAUAUCGAGCCCUUCGGUGCCCAUAGACCUCCCGGCUAUUCCUGCCGGCAGAAGGAAGAAAUUCAACCCGGCGAAGCUCUCCUCUGAGCAAUUCAAAAAAUGCACGGAACCCUGGGCUCUAAGUGCUAUCGUAGCUUGGGUAAAGGACCUGAGCGAGGAUGAAACUGAUUUAAAGCAACAAGCCGUUGUGGAUGCGAUUGUUGCGUUGUUUACACACAAAGUUCCUACGAUGAACACUGCUGAUGCUGAGACCCUCGGCGCACGCGUGGUAAAGGACAUGUUUGAAGCUGGCGCUUUGAUCCAAGAUGAAGAGUGGGUCAAGUUUGGAACGGAAACGCUCUCUGGAGUUCUAUGGCAAAUUACCGGUCGAGGUUGCUACUCUUCUCGCCUUCAUGAUGUGGAAGCCGAACCCUUUGGCCGAUGUUACUCUCACCAUUGUAUGAGGACAUUGAAGAAGAUUAAUCUGCAAUCUCAAAUAAUGGAACCUGAGAAGAAAGCUGAGGACUGGGCUACUUUCUACAAGAUCGGAAAAGAAGUCUUCACAACACAUUCAAAAAAGGAAAUUGAACGCCAAAACAACUUACAUGAAAUUGUUACGACAGAAGACUCGUUCAUUUCCCAAUUGGAUGUUGUACGAACGCUUUAUCGGGAUCGACUAUCUGACUCGCAGCCCUCUAUCAUAAAUCCUAAACGCCGCGAUAAAUUCUUGAAGGACGUCUUCGGUAAAGUUGAUGAAAUCAAGAGGGUCAACGAAAAUCACUUACUUGCUCAGCUGAAAUAUCGUCAAAAGGAGCAGGGCCCCUUUAUUGUUGGGUUUAGCGAUAUCUUCCGAGAAUGGAUACGAAAGGCUAAAGCAGCAUAUGUUGAUUAUGCAGCUACUUUCCCUACUGCGAAUUACCUUGUCAGACGUGAAGCGGAAACCAAUCUGCUCUUUAGGCAAUUCUUGAACCAGGCGCGAGAGAAUAAGAUGUCGAACAGACUAACUUGGGAUACUUAUUUAAAAGCUCCUAUCACACGGAUCCAACGGUACACACUGCUUUUGUCUACAGUGCACAAGAACAUGCCCAAGGAUUGUGAGGAGAAGGCGAAUUUGUGGCAAGCCAUUGAGGAGAUAAAGCUGGUAGCCAUGGAAUGCGAUAAUAAAGUAGGCGACAUGUCCAAGAAAGUGAGCCUGAGAGAACUUGGCGCGAAAUUGCAGUUGCGACCAGAAAUGAAACAACUUGUGGAGCUCAAUCUCGAGCACCUUGGUCGUGAAAUCAUUUAUCAGGGUGAUUUGCAACGGCCUAGGACGAAACGAUUCAAUUGGGUUGAUACACGCGCCAUUCUGUUCGACCAUUAUCUUGUUUUAGCGAAGAUCGUAACCAACCGAGAUGUCAGCAGGUCCGUCAAAUACGAGACAUAUGAUGUCUCCAAACUCCCAAUUCCCAUGGAUCUACUGAUUCUGGAGAGUUCGAACGAUGAUCCUGUGAUGAAAUCCUCCGUUAAGGGCAUAACGACUAUAGCCCCGCCUAUCAAGCAGGGUACCGGACCUGGAACAUUGAACCACACUAAUACAAGCAGUUCAACCAGCUCUGGAGCUUCUGUCGGUUCUAAUAAGACCAUCGUGCCUAAUUCCGCUAUCGAUGGCUCGUCCAAAGAUGACAAGAUACUUUAUCCUUUCAAAAUCAGACACCUUGGAAAACCAGACCUGUAUAUCUUGUACGCCAACUCGGCACAAAGCCGACGGGAAUGGUGCGAGAAAAUUAUUGAAGCAAAGACGAAGCAUGCUGCUUCUCUUUACGCCCAGAAUGCGGAGCCCUUUAGAUUACGUGUGCUAUCUGAUUCGGCCUUUGCUUACUCUGAGCUCGCAGUUGCCUCCAAGAGUGUAGUCAUCAAGGAUACACCAUUAGAUCGGGCCAUUCAAGAAGUUGAAAGGCGAUACGCCAACAAUUUAUCCCGCCCCCUACCGAUUUGCCGGGCCUCAGUUAAUUGUGCAACCGUAUUCCAACAGCCGAACGGCCGCAAAAUGUGUGCGGUUGGUACAGAUUAUGGUGUUUAUAUAUCCGAUUAUGACGAUCCUCGUGGUUGGACUAAGGUAAUUGGAAUGCUAAGGGUGACUCAAAUAUCGGUGUUUGAGGAGUUCAAUUUAUUCCUUUUGAUUGCUGAUAAGUCACUAAUCGCGUAUCAUCUCGACGCCAUCUGCCCAGAGAGAGGUAUGGCCGUUGCGCAAGGUGAUUCACAACGCCGUGCCCCCCAAAAAUUAUCCGGCAAUCGAGAAGUUGGUUUCUUUGCCGCUGGGCGGAUGAAAGAUCGUGCCCUCGUGUUUUAUAAGAAGCGCGACGGGAUCUCUUCGACGUUCAAGGUGUUGGAACCUGUCCUUCAAAAGACAUCCUCCGUGAAAUCUCGCUUCUUGCGCAGAGGCCAUACUGACUUUUUCCGUGAUUAUGAUGAAUUCUACAUUCCUGCGGACAGUUAUAGCAUUAACUUAUUCCAUACAUCUCUCGCCAUUUCUACUUCCCGGGGGGUUGAGGUUCUCACUCUCGACAAAAAGCAGCCAUGGUCGGUACCAAAUCUUCGAUCCGAUCAGCCCGACGCUCAAGCGCCCCUUACACGUAUCGCCAACCGGAUUAAAGAACUUCGACCACUGGGAAUGUUCCGUUUAAGCGACAGUGAGUUCUUAGUGGCUUUUGAAGAGUGUGCAGUCUACGUCAACAAGCAUGGCGACGUAAGUCGCAGCGUGGUCAUGGAGUUUGUCGGAAAAGCUCAUUCUGCUUGUCUCUAUGGGAAGUUCCUUAUACUCUUUCACGACGACUUUGUCGAAAUUCGUAAUGCGAUAAAUGGCCGCUUGAGACAGGUCAUUGCCGGGAAAGGUGUGAGCCUUUUAGAUGACGGUGGAAAUUGCAACAAUAGUGUUGGGGGUUCAACCCAGUCGGCACUGGCAUCGAUGGCUGGUAGCUUUAACGAAGCUGCCUCUAAUACAAUUUCGUCGAACGGACUUGGCUUAUCGACUGGCUUCAGUACCGUUCCCCGUACGGUGAAAAUCUGCAUGCAACACCCUGAACACGAGAGAAGCCAGAUAGUGGUUGAGCUGGUGGAAAACGAGGGACAGAAAGAUUAA